AACGAAGGUUAGGACGCGAAACUAUUGACCGAUUGAAUGCUUUUUGUGAAACGAUAUUUGUAUUUAUCUAAAUCAUAAGAAAUUUAAUUUAAUUUAACAAAUUAUUGAAGCAAAUUGAAAAUUAUUGAUACAAAGAGCUUUGCAUAUAAACAUAUUAAAAAAAUAAGUAAUAAUAAUACAAUUACUUAAAAAAGAAUUUAGUAAAAAUGUGCGGUGGUUUCACUUGUUCAAAAAAUGCAUUAAUUGCGUUAAAUAUUUUGUAUGUGAUGGUGGGUUUCCUCUUGAUUGGAGUUGGCGUCUAUGCUCGUGCUGCUUCGAUUGUUCCAAAUUUACCUAUUGUUGGCGGUAUUUUAGCAUGUGGUAUAAUCUUAAUAUUGAUUUCCAUACUCGGGUUGGCUGGUGCUGUUAAACAUCAUCAAGUUAUGCUGUUCUUUUACAUGAUUGUACUCUUUUUACUUUUCCUCAUACAAUUCUCAAUUGCCAGCUCUUGUUUAGCGGUGAAUUCGGAACAACAACAAGAAUUCGCCGAAGAAGGAUGGAAUCGCGUUCCCGAUUCUAUGCGUAAAGAGGUGCAGGAUACAUUUCUGUGCUGCGGCUUCAAUUUGACCAGCGUAUCGAGCAACGAUCCUUCUUGCGAAUUAAUUCAGAAAGAGUGCUGCUCUGGCAUAGCUGGGAAUUGUCAGUGUCCACCUUGCUUGUACAAAUUAGAAGAUAAAAUUAAUUACGCCUUCAAAUUGUGCGGCGGCCUGGGUAUAUUCUUCAGUUUCACUGAGCUGCUUGCCGUCUUUUUAGCUCGUCGUUAUCGGAAUCAACAAGACCCGACCUAUUUGCCGGCGCGAGCUGUGUUCCCAAAGAACUAUCAAUAUUGAGUUUUGAGAGAAAAAGAUUUGCAGAUAAUAUUGAGAAGAAAGAAAUCUUCGUUGAGAAUCAGGCACCUAGAUAUAUUAUUUUUUUUAUAUCUUACACAUUUACAUACAUACACACCCCUCAGUACAUACAAGUCGUUUAGUCAAAAGUAUGGGACACGAAGGCUGAUUAAUUUAUUUACUUUUAAAAACGUAGAAAAAAAAAGAAAAAGAAAUAUAUAAAAAUUCUACUGUAAGAUGGCCAAAAGUUUUUGGACAAAGAAAGGGAUAUAUAUGAUCCCCUUCUCUGCAGAUAUUUUUUGAUAAAACUAAUCCAGCAAAACUACAAGCAAGAUUGCCUUCAAGUACUUCUUAGAUUAAA